AUGAAGAACCUGAAGGUCCUCAAGUGGGGCAUGAAGCACCACGAUCGAGAAUUUGCCGAAAUCCGCAGGCAGUUUCGCGACGACUACAGAGACAGCUGGGGAGAGUAUUUUCAACAACUCUUGCACUGGAUUCUCUGUGCCGCCUUCAUGGCCGAAACAGUUUUCUUCACGCUAUUUGUCAGCCAGCUGCGGAUAAAAGCUCGGGUAGAUCCGAUGGGGCGAUCCUACGGAAUCCGGCACCAACACCUACAGGCAUACGGAAAGUACAUGAUCACUGCCAACAUCAAGAUUGUCGACUAUCUCUGGACAUCCCUGUCCACAUACCUGUCCAAGAACGAAAAUUGGAGGACGCCAGGAGAGCUGCGCAACAAGGCCUCGGAGAAGCUGUUUGCUGUCAAGUUCGUUGUUUACUACUACCCCUUCCUCUACACGAUCUUCAUCAAACCUGCAAUUUAUGACAUCGACAUCCAGCCAUGCUUCAAGGCAUUGAGCAGCGAUCUACGACUGUUUUUCUUCACGCAGAUUGCUAUGGAGGUCAUAUUUCUCUUUGUGUCUUUGCUUACUUCCUGGCUCAAGGUUGCUUCCGAACGAAGGCGCUUCGCCAACAAGGAGUAUUCGUACUUAGAAUACCAGGCCAAAUGUCCUGAAUAUUCAGAUGAAGACUUGAUGUCGGAUGUGCAGCUUCAGGUGAUCAACUACGGGUUCUUAGUGAUGUUUGGAGUCUGCUUGCCAUACGUGUGCUGCAUCUGCUUCUGUGUGAACUUUCUGUUCAAGCGCAUCCUUGCGUACAAGGUCUCGUACAUCUACCAAAGGCCGAGCCCUUUCGGAGCUGAAGGAUUUGGCGCUGAGGACAUCAUAACCCUUCUGUCGUGGAUCGGUGUGAUCUUCAACACCUUCUUGGUGAUCUUUGUGUCGCCGCUAUGCGGUGACAUGAGUUUCGAGCGCAAGCUGCUAAUUUUCAUAUCUGUUGAGAACGCAAUCCUUGUGCUCAAGACUCUCAUAGACACGGCAAUCGGUCCCAGCAGCACAGCGCAGCGAAGGAUCGAAGAGCAUCAGGCGAAGGUGAUCCCAAAGAUCCUGCAGGAGCACAAUCCAACAAGCUGGAGCGUGCUUGCAAAGAGAGCUUCAAGCCUUGCGUUGCCGAACGGACGAAGUAUUGGGGAGAUGCUCCGAUGCACCUAG